AUAGCUUUGAAGGUUUCUGUGCGGGAGGUGAAGAAGGAGAACGGAGACCGGAAGCUGAUUCUGAAGAAGAAGAAGGCACUGAAUAAGGGUCCCAUCCAGAGGAAGGAGUGGGGGGACUUGGUCCUUUACCUGAAGAAUGGAGCUAACUGUCCAUGUCCCCAGCUGGAGCAACUGAAUGGCCAUUUUCUGGUACUGGGGCGGAAGGUGAAAAAUCAGCACAUUCUUACUGCAAUCCACAAGUGGAACAAGGCUAACCGCGAGUUUAACCGUUUUAUGCGCAAAGUGAAGAAGACCAAGUGCCCAAAGCCACACUCAGUGUUCAUGUGA